GCCGAUGCGGAAAUGAACGGGAACGAUGUUAUCGCGCGCGGGCUUUUGUUUAUUUACGAAAAGGUUGCUUAGUUACCGAAGGAGGUACAACAAAAGAUUACUUUCACAUUACUUUCUGAAAGGGUUUAUUACAAAUCAAGAAAAUGCGGUUAAAAUACUCAAAAACAUUGAUAGAAGCGCAGGAGAAUGAGAGCCCGAUAGCAGAUAUUAGCUGGUCACCAAAUAGUGCAAAGCUAGCAGUAGCUACAAGCGAUCGAUUGAUUAUGUUAUUUGAUCGAGAAGGGGUGAGAAGAGAUAAGUUUAAUACUAAACCCGCCGAUCCCGCAGCUGGCAAAAAAUCAUAUGUAAUUACAAGUUUAUCAUUCAGCGAGAACUCUGAGCUGCUGGGCGUGGCGCAGAGCGACCACAUGGUGUUCGUGUACCGCGUGGGCGCCGACUGGAGCGGCAAGAAGGUGAUCUGCAACAAGUUCCCGCUGUCCGGCGCGCCCACCAAGUUGUUGCCUGCUGAGCUGGGGUUUUAUGCGGGCACUACUGAUGGGAAAGUUAGGAUAUUGGACUGCAAGACAAACAAGUCCACUUCUCUCUGGACGUCAGGGUCUUGUUGCGUCGCGCUAGCGCGGGGCGGCGGCCGCGACGGGAGCGCCGCACUGGCCUCGGGACAUGUCGACGGCACUAUAUAUCUGAAUGGACGGCUGCUGUUGAGAUACGCGUUGCCUCCUACUGCUCUCGCUUUGACGCCACCGUAUUUGAUAGUUGGUUCGUGCGACGGCCGAGUGUCUGUGUACGAGGCGCAGCGGGGCGCGCUGUUGCGGAGUCUCGAGCCACCGCUACCAGCCGACGGUAGAGAUAUUAUAACUGCUGUUCCUAGCCCGUCGGGACAGAUAAUCGCGUUCGGCAUAUUCGACGGCUGCCUGCUCGGCGAGGUGAAGGACUCCGGAGUGCUCGAGCUGACGAUGCUGAAGAUAGACAAGCUGCGGGCGGCGCGCGCGCUGGCGUGGAGCGGCGACGGCACGCGGCUGGCGCUGGCGGCGCAGAGCGGCGCGCUGCUGCAGCUAGAGGCAGUGCUCAGACGCUGGGUGUGGCGCGACACGGUGGAGGUGCAACACCUGAGUCCGCGGCAGCUGGUGCUGACAAGAUGUGCGCACGACGCGCCGCCGCUCACUGUUACUACUACGCUGGCUCAGGACAUUCACAAUGUCAAGUUUAUUGGUAAUGACUGGUAUGCCGUAUGCAGGACCAGUAGCUCUUUGAUACUUUGUGAUAUUGCCAGAGGACUCACUAGUGAGAUCCCAUGGUCGGGCAGCGGGCAGCGUAUCUACGCGGCGGUGGGUGGAGCUUGUCUGCUGCACCGCGCCGGUGAGCUCAGCGUCGUCGAGUACGGGCUGGACCGCGUGUUGCAUACGGUGAGAACAGAGCGCGUGAACCCGCACGUGCUGAGUGUGCGCAUUAACGAGGCGCGCGCGCACGAUGACGUCACUGAGCGCAAGCACCUCGCGUACCUGCUUGAUAGACAGACCGUCGCUGUGCUAGAUCUUGUUACUGGUAUCCAAGUGGGGCAGUGGUGGCACGAAGCGCGCAUCGACUGGCUGGAGCUGAACGAGAGCGGGCAGCUGCUGCUGAUGAGGGACACGCGCCGUCGGCUCGCCUUGUUGAACCUGCGCACUGGGGACAAGGAAAUAAUAGCCAGUGCCGUGGGAUUUGUGCAGUGGAUUGAACAAAGCGACGCAGUUGUAGCUCAAACCCCUACACAUUUAUUGAUAUGGUACAGCGCAUGGGACCCCGGCAGCGUGGAGAUGGCGGAGAGCGGCGGCGGGACGGCCGUGGAGGUGGUCGCGAGACGAGUCGUGUUGGAGGGCGGGCCCGUGCCGUAUCUGCAGCUUGACGACCAUCGACUGGAGUUUAACAACGCGCUUGCCAGCGGAGAUCUGGCGGGGUGCGCUCGAUACUUGGAUGGAGUUGGCAAUAACGCAGACAUUGCCCCUCUGUGGAGGCAACUGGCCGAGAGAGCAUUUGCCAAUGAGGAUGUUCAGUUGGCAGCAAAAUGUUAUCGAGAAGUCGGCGAUGAUGCAAGAACUUUCUACCUGGACAAAACAGUGGAGCUGGCGUCGACUGAAGGACACGGGGACGUUAGUGAAGGUCUCCACUCGCCGUUAGUGCAGGCUAGGCUGGCUAUAUUCACUAGCGACCUGGCAUCAGCCGAGGAGUGUUACACCAAGAAGGCGGGACAACCGGAGCUUGCUAUACAGAUGUACAAACAGUUCAAUCGCUGGACAGAAGCUAUAGCUGUAGCGGAGAAGACCGAUCGCAGUGUAGUGGCAGAGUUGAAGCAGCAGCAUAUGGAUUAUUUGAUCUCUACUGGUCGCCUAGGCGAGGCCGGUGCCGCCAUGGUAUCAGCGGGCGACUCGCAGGGCGCGGUGCGGCUGUGGCUGCGCGGGGGGCGGGCGAGGCGAGCUGCUGCCUUACUACUGCACAACCCCGUGUUGCUGAGAGACAAUGAGAUUGUGGACGCUGUGCAUAGCCAGCUUAUACAGGAGGAAUGGUGGGAGAUGGCGGGCGAGCUGGCAGAGAAGCGUGGAGACAACCUCGCGGCCGUCGAGUACUACGCUAAGGGCCACAACUACGCCAGGGCUGUCCAACUCGCUAGAGAAGCAUGCCCAGGUGAAGUGACGCGCCUGGAGGGCUCGUGGGGCGAGCACCUGGUGUCCCAGCGGCAGGCCGGCGCCGCCGUGCCGCACCUCAUCGAGGCGGGCCGCACGCGCGCCGCGCUCUCCGCCGCGCUCCGGGCGCACCACUACAAGAAGGCGACGCAGUGCGUGCAGGUUAUCGACGACAAGGAAUCUAUCAGGGAAGAAUGUGAGGAGUUGGGUGACCACUUCAUCUCUAUUCAAGAGUGGGAAACAGCAGAGAAAGUCCUAAGCGAGUGCGGCAUGGCGGAUCGCUGUGUGCGAGCGUACAACGCGGCCGGGAAAUACGCGGAGGGGCUGCGAUUGGCCGCCAGACAUCUUUCUGAGGAGGAGACCAGGGACAUUUAUAUGCCUCUAGCGGAGGAGUUGAGGAAAGAUGGGCAGUUUAGAAAAGCUGAGCAGAUCUAUAUUGGACUCGGAGAACAUGAUGAAGCCAUUUCUAUGUAUAAGGAGGUAUCACAAUACGAAGCCAUGUUGCGUCUAGUGGCUGCCCAUAGGAGUUCUCUGCUAGAGGCAACGAGGCGACACGUAGCCCAGGCUUUACAGGCCAACGGAGACUUCAGGGCCGCCGAAAACUACUACCUGCAAGCUGGUGACUGGAAGAGCGCAAUCCAAAUGUACCGCUCGGCCGGCCAAUGGGAGGGCGCGGAGCGGGUGGCCCGCGCGCACGCGCCGCCCGCCGUGCAGCAACAGGUGGCGCUGCUGUGGGCGGGCGCGCUGGGCGGCGCGGCGGGCGCGCGGCUGCUUGCUGCUAGGGGGCUGGCGGCGGUGGGCGCGAGGUGGGCUCUGCAGGCUGAGAGAUGGGACAUAGCCCUAGAGCUCAGCUCGCUGGGCGGCGGCAUCUCCGUGCGCGAGGUGGCGCGGCACGAGGCGGCGGCGCUGGCCUCGGAGCGGCCGGACGAGGCCGAGGCCGCCUUCCUGCGCGCCGCCGCGCCUGAUGAUGCUGUUCGUAUGUGGCUCGCCAGGGGCAUGUAUCAGAAGGCACUGGUGCUGGCUGAGGCACACGCUCCGCAUAUGGUAGAAGAAACGCUAGUGGAAGGCGCGCGCGCGGCGGCCGAGCGAGGGGACCUGGCCGAGUUCGAGACGCUCAUGAUACGCGCCAACCGACCGCGCGAGGUUGUGCAGCAUUACAAGGAUCUCGAGCUGUGGGAGGAGGCGGCCCGAGUAUCCCGCGAGUACUUGCCGGACAGCGCCGAGCCCGUGCCGCCCGCCGUGCCGCCGCUGCUGCAGACCGCCGCCGAACACGCCGACAAAGGAGAGUGGUGGGAAGCAGUACAACUACUGUGCCGCGCGAGCGAGGAGGGCGCGCGCGGCGGCGCCUCGCGGCUGGCGGAGCGCGCGGCACUGCGGGCGGCGCGGCUGGCGCGGGACCACCUGCCGCCGCCGCACCGCGCGCGCGCCGCCGCGUUGUUGCAGCAACGAUUUGCCGCAAUUGGUCAAAGCGAUGUUGGUGAGCAGCUCCGCGCCGCUUUGACCGAAGGGUAUGAAGGCGAAGACGAUGCACCAGUAGCAGAAGAAGACGAAGAGGAAGAAGACACACAGCCGCGCGCGAACUCGUCUUCCACCGUCGAGGCGGAGUUGUCCCGCUUGUGCCGCGGCGGGCAGUGGGAGCGCUGCCUCGCGCUGGCCGGGGACAGGGCGCCGCACUACGCGCUGCUCUGCGUCACACAACUGUUGAACACACACGACGUGAGUGACACUAUACAGUCUGCAACCGUCGAGGCGGAGUUGUCCCGCUUGUGCCGCGGCGGGCAGUGGGAGCGCUGCCUCGCGCUGGCCGGGGACAGGGCGCCGCACUACGCGCUGCUCUGCGUCACACAACUGUUGAACACACACGACCGAAUGGAAGGCGUCGACAUAGAAAGCGAAGAGCCAAGCGAAGGGGUGUCCCAAUCCCUGGACAUCUUGCGUCGCUACUUCACGGAGGACACACGGGUGGACGAGUCCGACGCUCGCAUGGCGGCCUCAGUCGCGGCGGAGUUGCUACUGCGUGUGUCCACUACGCCCAAAGCGUACGCCGCGCUGAAAGAUACGUGCGACGUGUUGGUCGCUAUUGGCGCUGAUGACAGGGUUUUGCAAGCAGCAAGUCUCUUGUUGGGGAUCAAUGUGAGUCAAAUUGCUUCAAAAGUUGCUCGAGCCCUGCCUCGCUAUUCAGACAUCAUAGUAGCGGAUGUUGCAUUCUACAUAUCGGGCGCGGUGGUCCGCUCUGAAGGUGCUUCGGGAGCGCGCGAGGCUUUUGUUCUGCUGAACCGCUGCAUCGACCUCACUGAAGCCGCCGACGAUGACGCCGCGCAUCUGCUCGACUUCACUGACUUCGAGUGCACGGACUGGUCCAAGACCCCACUGCUGCUGCGAGGCGCGUGCGUGCGCGGCGCCGCGCUGGACGACGCUAGAGAGUGGGUGCUGCAGGUCUCCAUGGACCAGACUGUUGAUCAGACGCUUCCAGUGGACAGCCGAGGCCUAUAUGCAUCCAGUGUGCCGAGCGGCGAGGCUUGUUGCGUGCUGACUGGCUUCCCGCUCGGCUCCCGUCUAGUCACCUUCACUAACGGGCGCUGUGCGAACCGCGAGCACUGGGCACGGGUGGCGGCGGCGUCGCGCAACAACGCGGCCGCGGCAGAUGUCGUCCGCGCUGUGACGCUGUGGUGCGGGCCCGCCGACUACAAGCCCUUGUAACUUGCUGUGCUACAGUACAAACUGUGAACAUCAGAGUUUCAGUCGCCAUCAUGAAUCAAGACACAGAUCUACUACAAAUGCAGGAAUGUAAGUGAACGUUGAAAUUUAGCCCUAAGAUGCAAUAGCAUCAAUAUAUACUGUUUGAUAAUCGUGUCAGUUCAAUUUUAAUGUUAGUUUGAACAUUGACGGUCGAUUCACACACAGACUUGUGACUUCACUGAUAUUUGUGACAUUAUUUAUUAUAUUGUAUUACUUUAAUAAACUUAUAAGUACA